AUGAUCGACGAUGACAAUGGGCGAAACGGCGGUUUGGACAACCGAGAAUAUAAAGGAUCAACCUACUGGAGAACCUCAUUUGAAGAAAUUUGUGUCGGCAUGAAAUAUGGUGGUGAUUUCAUAGCAUUCUCUUUCUCGUACCCGGCAGCAUCGUUGUAUAACCUGAUCGCAGACGGAAACUAUCGCCAAACUCACGUUGGUCGCGAGCAGUGGAAAUCAUUAAUCGAUGGAUCAUCCUUACAUUACAGCUCAACUGCAACCAAGAGGGAUUUAAAAUAUUCGUUGAUAGCUACUACACAAGUGUUCGGUUGGGUUUGGAGGUAA